AUGUUUUCGCUGUUUGUGAGCGAGGAGAUGGAUAAAGUCGAACUUAUUUAUACGAAAUUUGUGUCUUUGAUCAAGUCUGAUCAGAUAAUUCAUACUUUGCUUCCCAUAUCUGAGGGUUGUGACGUGAGUGGAAAGAGUGUUGAUGCUAGUGAAGAUGAGUUCUUUAGGCUGACGACUAGGGAGGGGAAAUUGACGAAUAGUCAGAUUUUGAGGGCAGUGCAGGAGUCGUAUGCUAGUGAUCUUGCAGGAAGAAUGAAUGCAACGAGUAAUGCUACGGAUAAUGCAGGGGAAUUGAAGAAGAAUUUCAAUUGCUUAUGA